ACAAGGCACCAUAUUAAUCUGCCGAUUACGCCAGACAGCUAAAAACGGAAAGAGCGGUGGCUGUGCUACUGCUCAGCCCUACCCCUGAGAGCGAGUGCACACAAAGUUCUGCCAUCACCAUCGCUUUCGACAUCACCCCAUCAUUGACCCCAACACUUCUGAUUCACAACAGAUCGUCUUUCUCCUCUUAUCGGCAUCACUGUAACCAGCGUCAACAUGACAAUUGACUUUUCGCCUGCGCCAAUACUGACGUCGAGAGAGGCCAGUCUAGGUUCUCUCCUCCGUCUGCCCGAUAGUCUAAUUAUUGAAAGGAUCCUGAUUCUCCUUGCGCCAAAGGAUUUGUGCUCGCUCGCUUUGACCUCGCGAUAUAUGCAUGUCUUUGCGCGCAACGACUUUGUCUGGCGCCGUUUGUUUUUUGCAGAGCGGGAUAGCAAGUCGACCAGGCUCGUUUAUCGAGGUAAUUGGCUCCUCACCUACCUCUUUCAUAGCCCAGAGCAUGAUGAAGCAUGUUCGAGUCAUCCACUUGUCAUCUGUCCUGUCCAAAUCCAAGACGUAUCCUCCGACUAUCUGAGCCUUCAGUGGCAUCGAAGCAACAUGUUCUUUGGCCACUUUUAUCCGCCUCCACCGAUUUCUCCGACACCUACCCUUGGAGAUCAACAUUCCACAGGUCCUACAAUACCUAUCGAGGAUUACCAAGAUUUAGACGAAGAUGUCUUCUACCGCCGCUACGGAUAUCCAAACAAACCAGUCAUGAUCCAAAAUUCGAACGUCGAGUCAUGGCCAGCAUGGAAGCAAUGGACUUUAGAUGCUCUGGCAGCCAAACAUAGUGAUACUGUGUUCCGCGUAUCGAACAUCGAAAGCGACACUAAACCAAGCUUCAGUCUCUGCUUCAAGGACUUUCUGCACUAUCUCAAAUACAACAGAGACCUGAACCCUUUUUACCUGUUCGACCCUUGCUUUGCCGAAGCUGUUCCUGAGAUGGGAACCGCGUACGAGGUGCCCAAAUACUUCCGAAUCGACUAUUUUUCACUCUUAAAAGGUUCUGCCAGGCCACCAUACCGCUGGAUACUGAUUGGGCCGCAGCGGACAGGCGCUCCAUGGCACAUUGAUCCCUCAGGGACAUCCGCCUGGAACACACUCCUGUCUGGACACAAACGCUGGGCAUUGUAGGAGAUUUAGGCGUAAACCUGAGCCGGUUUCUUAUUUCUCGACACAGAGGCAUUAAACAGGGUACGAGGCUCAUUUUGACACUUCUGCGCUUGUUGUUUUCUAGAUACCCACCUCAUAUUACUCCGCCUGGACAUGAUC